AUGGGAAUGUCAUCGAGUAUCCUAGUUACUUUUGUAGGACUUCUCAUUCUCAUUCCAGCUAAGGGCCAACCAGGAUUCAUCAGCAUAGAUUGUGGAGCUCAAGCAGGUGUGAACUAUACUGAGCCAUCAUUAGCCAUAAAUUACGUUUCGGAUGCAGAUUUCAUAAAUACCGGUGUGAGUGGAACAAUAACAUCUGAAGAGAUCAGCAGACACAGUCAACGACAACUGUGGAGGCUACGAAGUUUCCCAGAAGGAAAAAGGAACUGCUACAAAAUAAGCGUCACAAGAGGCUCCAAGUAUCUCAUACGCACUGUUUUUCUGUAUGGAAAUUAUGAUGGCAAAAAUUUGUUACCACUGUUCGAUCUUCUUCUGGGACCUAACCACUGGGAUACAGUCACUGUAUACAAUGCAUCCAUUGACCAAUCCAAGGAGAUCAUUUAUGUACCUUCACUGGAUUUCGUACAAAUCUGUUUGGUUAACACAGGCAAUGGUACACCAUUUAUAACAACCAUAGAAUUGAGGACCUUGAAAAAUGAUACAUACGUCACUCAAUUCGGAUCACUGCAACGUUACUCGCGGUGCGAUUUGGGUUCAGACAGAGGCUACAGGUACUGGUCUGAUGCUUAUGAUCGUUUCUGGUUUACCUGUAACUUCAACGAAGAUUGGACACGGAUAAAUGCUUCGAUUCCUGGUGAUUCUUUUAGUGGGAGAGAUGUUUACGAACCGGGAGCUACUAUCAUGAGCACCGCUGUUGCACCGGCAAAUGAUAGUGCUCCGUUGGUAAUAAGCUGGCAGCCAAAAGAUGAAACUGAGCUAUUCUAUGUGUACAUGCACUUCACGGAAAUUCAAGUGCUAACCACCAAUCAGACAAGACAAUUCAACAUCAGGAGGAACGGUGAUUACUAUUUUUCUCCACGGUACCAUGUUGUCGAUACCAUAUAUACGACGUCAGCCAUCAGCGGAAAAGUAAUUAAGUAUUCACUGGAGAGAACCGAAAAUUCAACCCUGCCUCCCAUCAUUAGUGCCAUUGAAAUUUACAGAGUAAUCGACUUACAGAAACCACAAACAUUACAAGCAGAUGUUGAUGCGAUUACUACCAUCAAGUCAGUUUAUGCACUGACAAGAGAUUGGCAAGGUGAUCCAUGCGCCCCUUUAGCCUUUUUGUGGGAUGCUCUCAAUUGUUCUUAUCACGAAAACGAUUCUCCAAGAAUCACAACUUUGAAUUUAUCUUCAAGUGGAUUGUAUGGAAAGAUUGAUCCUUCAAUUUCAAAUCUCACCAUGCUGGAGAAAUUGGAUUUAUCAAACAAUAGCUUAAACGGUGAAAUUCCUGAUUUUCUGUCACAACUACGACACUUGAAGAUCUUAAACUUAGAGAAGAAUAACCUCUCCGGAAUAAUUCCCUCGGCACUUCUUAGAGGUUCCCUCUCACUAAGUGUGGACCAAAAUCCAUAUCUAUGUGAACCUGAUCAAUGCAACAAGAAGAAAAACAAGAAAAACAAUAGCAUUGUUACACCCUUGGUAGCAUCUGUUGGCGGGGUUUUCGUUCUUCUGGUAGUAGUGGCAGCUAUAUUGUGGACCGCUAAAAGAAGAAAAGCGAAAGCUUUGACGGUAGAAAAGGAUCAGAGUGAGAAAUCACUGCAAUACACUGAACAAAAUGAUUCAUCACUGCAAUUCCAGAAACAAAUAUAUUCGUACUCCGAUAUCAUUAAAAUCACCAACAAUUUCACUACAAUAGUUGGUAAAGGAGGAUUUGGAACAGUUUAUCUUGGCUAUAUCGAAGACACUCCAGUUGCAGUGAAAAUGCUUUCCCCAUCCUCUGUUCGUGGUUAUCAACAAUUUCAAGCAGAGGUUAAACUUCUUAUGAGAGUUCAUCACAAAUAUUUGACCUCCCUUGUUGGUUACUGUAACGAAGGAACCAAUAAGGGUCUCGUAUACGAGUACAUGGCUAAUGGAAAUUUACAAGAACAUCUCUCUGGUAAACGAAGCAAAAGAAAUUUCUUCAGCUGGGAAAAGAGACUUCGUAUAGCAGUGGAUGCAGCUUCAGGAUUGGAGUAUCUGCAAAAUGGUUGUAAACCACCAAUAUUCCACAGAGACGUAAAAUCUACAAACAUAUUGUUGAAUGAACAGCUCCAAGCAAAAUUAUCUGAUUUUGGUUUAUCCAAAAUUAUCCUAACAGAUGGGGGAACUCAUGUAUCAACUGUUAUUGCUGGUACUCCUGGUUACCUAGAUCCUGAAUACUACCUAACCAAUAGAUUAACAGAAAAGAGCGACGUUUAUAGCUUUGGUGUUGUGCUUUUAGAGAUAAUCACAAGUCAACCAGCGAUAAUGAAAGAAAAAAUCCACAUAAGUGAAUGGGUUAGGUCCUUGAUUGAAAAAGGUGAUAUCAAUGCCAUUGUCGACUCAGGGUUGGAAGGAGACUUUGACAGUAACUCAGUUUGGAGAGCGGUGGAAAUAGCAACGGCAUGUUUAUCUCCAAACCCCAACAGAAGGCCAAUCAUAAGUGUGGUAGUGAAUGAACUGAAGGAGUCUUUAGCAAUGGAAUUUGCUCGAACUGAUAAUAAAAAAAGUACUCAUACAAGUGAUUCAGUUGAACUUGUCACCAUGAAUCUGAAUACAGAAUCUCUUCCCCAGGCCAGGUAA